AUGGCACCAUCCAGCGAGGUCACAAAGCUGGAUGGGAGCGAUGGGCCCACUGAAUAUAUUGGCGCGAAUAAGCUUAAAGAUAAGAAGGUCCUCAUCACUGGCGGAGACUCGGGCAUCGGCCGAUCAGUGGCAAUCUUGAUGGCGAGAGAAGGCGCCGACAUCACUAUUGUUUAUCUACCGCAAGAGCAACGCGACGCGGAAGACACGAAGAAAAUGGUUGAAGCUGAAAACAAAAAAUGUCACCUCAUUCCUGGAGACUUAAGGAAAUAUGAAUUUUGUCGUCAAGCAGUGGAGGAACACCUUCAGCAGCACGGAGCCCUCAAUGUGCUUGUUAAUAAUGCGUCUAAGCAGUAUUCGUGCAGCAACUUUGCUGAGAUUGACCUCGCGAAAGUCGAGGAUACGUUUCAAUCGAACAUUUUGCAGAUGAUUGCGAUCACAAAAUACGCCCUUCCGCACAUGUCCAAGGGCGAUUCAAUCAUCAAUAAUACUUCUGUGGUGACAUUUCGUGGCACUAGCGGCAUGGUAGAUUACGCCGCGACAAAAGGUGCUAUUGUUGGGUUUACACGAUCCCUGGCCAAGCAGCUCAUGCCCAAGGGCAUUCGCGUCAAUGCGGUCGCCCCUGGAGUCAUUUAUACUCCUAUCCAGGCCGACACACGCGAUGCCGAGUCAAUGAAAGACUUGGGCGCAGGUAAAAGCUUAGGUCGCCCUGGUCAAGCGAGCGAAGUUGCCACGAGCUUCGUUUUUUUGGCCACCCCAGAUUCCUCUUUCUACUAUGGGCAAAUUUUGCACUGCUAUCCGCUAGGCGACUAG